AGAGAGAGAGAGAGAGAGAGAGCAUCAUCAACACAGUGGCUCAGUGCACAGCAGCUUCCUCUGGCCGGAUAUCGAGAGAGGACGACAGGAGGGAAUUUAGAGGUUAAAUUAAAAACAACAACACGAGAGAAACAGGGCGGCUGUGCAGCAAGGAGCCGACGAGCAUCCAUCCUUCCUUCCAUCCUUCCUUCCUUCCAGCAUCCAUCCUUGCAGCAGGUAGAAGAAGAAGGUGAAGGAGAAGAAGCAGGAGCAGAUUCGAGGAUUUGUGCUCCACACACCCUGAGCCUUUGAGCCAGCAGCAGAGAGGAGGAGAGGAGGACCAGAGAGGAGGACCAGAGAGGAGGCUGUGCAGACAGGAGGAGCACCAUGGAGGGGAUGCAGGCAUACGGGGCCGGGAAAGCUGGAGGAGCCUUCGACCCCAUCACCUUCUUCCAGCAGCCUCAGACCAUUCUCCGCAUCGUGUCUUGGCUCUUCUCCAUCGUGAUCUUCGGCUGCAUCGCCAACGAGGGCUACAUCAACCGCCCCAACGAGGUGGAGGAGUACUGCAUCUUCAACCGCAACCAGAACGCCUGUAAUUAUGGCGUCUUCAUGGGAUCUAUGGCCUUCCUCUGCUGCAUGGCCUUCCUGGCUCUGGACGUCUACUUCCCCCAAAUCAGCAGCGUCAAAGACCGUAAGAAGGCGGUGCUGGCUGACGUCGGGUUGUCAGCGUUCUGGUCCUUCAUGUGGUUCGUGGGUUUCUGUUUCUUGGCCAACCAGUGGCAGGUGACCAAGCAUGAGGACAACCCGCUGAGGGAGGGAGGGGACGCUGCCCGGGCAGCCAUCACCUUCUCCUUCUUCUCCAUCUUCACCUGGGCGGUCCAGUCCUUCCUGGGCUUCCAGAGGUACAAGCUGGGGGCCGACUCGGCCCUCUUCUCCCAGGACUACACGGACCCCAGCCAGGACGCAGCCGGAGCCCCUUACACCUCCUUCGGUGGGGACGACCUGGAGAGCCCAGGAGGAGGAGGAGGAGGAGGAGGGGGCCAGGCCAACAGCGAGGGGGCCUUUGACGGCACCGGAGGCUACCAGCGUCAGGACUACUGAGAUACUUUGGAGAAAUAUACUAUAGGGAGGGAUGGGGGGAGGAUCUGGGUGAAGUUGCCCUUAGUUCCUAAUUUAGAGUGGAUUUUGAAUAGUUUCCAGCACACUAAAAAAGAUCACAGCUUUGGUUAAUAAAGCAUCGAUGCAAUACCAGUAGAUAUAGUAGUAGGUAUGUAGGUCUAAAAGAGCUCCAGUAGAUUAUAACUACGACGGCGUAUUAGGGCCAUUCUUUCACACACAGUGACGUCACGCUAUACCCACGCUGCUCCCCGCUACAGUGCAUAUCAUGCACCUCCGCCUGCAGUGUUUGCACCUCCAACAAUAAUGGUGCCGGCCCCAAAUGCCCAUAUGUGUGUGUGUGUGAAAGAAUGGUUGGUAAAAAAAAAAAAAAAAUUAUUACGGUAAAAAAUUUGGAUAUUCCCUGAGAUUAAAGUGGUAAAUUUACAAAAAAAAAAAUUCCGAGAAAAAAAAUGUAAUAUUCUGUGAGAUUAAAAUGGUAGAUUUACGAGAAAAAAGUCACAAAUUUGCAAGAUUAUAAAAUCGUAUAUUUACAAGAAAAAUACUUGAAUAUUCUGAGAUUAAAAUGGCAAAUUUUCAAGAAAAAAAAAUCACAAAUUAUCAAGGAACAAACUCUGAAAAAUAGUGGAAUGCAAAACUAAUCUCGGAAAUUUUGAGUUUUUUCUCGGAAUAUUACCCCCCUUCCUCUGGCACCGUAAUUAUUAUUUUUACAUACAAUAUGGUGUCGUAUAUAACAAAAUAAAUAACCCAACAAUAUGAAAAAUAACAAACAAGCUGUGGCAGAACAAUCCAUCGUCUUGGGUGGUUUGGGGUUCUGGGUAAAGUAUUGCGUUGGUGCUAUAUUGACCUAAAUUGGAUCAUAAUGCAUUUAGCUGGGGGGACAAGUUGGUGGAGUUUACACGUGACAUUUCAGUUAUUGGGCUGAUUUCCUUAAAAGGCAGAAUUGAUCUCAUGGUCAGAAAUUGUGGGCAACUUUCCAGAUCUUGAUGACAAGAUGUCAGUUAGGUGUGAGUCUGCAGUAGAACAACAGCAAGCGGGGUCAGGACAUCCGUGGGAAGGGGUUGUGGGAAAAACUGUGAGGUCAAGGUUUUGCAGAAACGGUCACUCUGUAGCAGAUCAAUGCUUGUGACCACAUUGCCUUCAUCCUCUGAGGUCUGCUGUCAGUCAGCAAAAUGACUGCGAUCAGUGUUAGUUGACACACACACACACACACACACACACACACACACACACACACACACACACAUGCAAGCACACAGCAUAUGGAUUUUUAACGUGAAGAAACACAAGUUUCUGCUGACGAAACUCCGUAGUAGUGCAUUACAGGAUCUCAGCAUAGACAAACAAGCAACAGUGGCAUAUCUGGCAACUAAUCCCCUCAACUGUAACACGGGAGUGUGUUUGCGUGGGUUGAAAGAUCUCCUUUGUGUUGUUAUUUUUUUAUGUGGAUGAAGGACAGUGUGUGUUUUCUUGUUUCCCUCUCCUCGAUUGUUGCCUUAGUGCUGACUGCCAAGCGAAAUCCGACGAACACAGGGCAACAAGUUCCCAACAUGCACAGUAUCACAGUUCUCUUUCAGCAUCUUUAGAGCAAAAAUACAGCUAAUUCAAAAUUUGACUUAUUUUUGUCCUUAAGCACAUAAAAACCCUGAACAAAACAUUCAUUAUAGAACAUCCCAAAUGAUUCAAAAAACAUAUCAGCAGGCCUACAGACACUAAAGAACUACAGGUUAUCUAUCUGUUGCGUUUCCUCUUUAUUUCAACACAUCUAGAGAUGAGGCAACAUCUUGAGUAUUUAUGAACAUGCAUUGCUCCAUUUUCUUAAAGAAUAAAGUAUAUCUAUCUCUCUAUAAAUACAUGUAAAUCUAUAAUUCAGUAUAUUAGAGUGUUUGGAAAAAAGAUUAUGCUUUAUUUUAGGGCAUUAUGCUAGUUCUGUAUAAAAAAAAUAAAAGACAAAAGAAAGAAGAUCUAUGUUCCGUUGAGUGUUAUUGUGAUAAGGUAUACGGUGAGGUCUUCCACGCCUCAUCCCUUUAUGUUGCUUUCAGGGUAAGGAGAUGUUUUUAUUUUGGAAUAAUAAUACUAACUAUAAAAAAAAAAAUACAGCAACAAAAAAUGUGACCAAAUUAUCAAAGUAUAUAUGCUCAUAUGUAUACUUUAUACUGUACAACCAUGUAGACAUAUAAAUGUGUGAUGUUCCUUUGUGAAAUCUGUUAAGAAAAAAAAAGCAAGGUUAGGUUUAAGAAAAAGAUUGUGUACAAAUGUAUGUUUUUGUUGUGUUUGAUUUUAACCAAUAAAAAUAAAGAAAAUGCUGAUAAAG